GUCUGUUUAUAAAAUAUUUCUCAUCACCCCUCCCUACCACCCAGUGCAAAAACAUCGGGAAUGACAAACAAGAGCUUCCCAGUGGGUUUCAUCCUUCUUGGAUUCUCUGGAUGGCCCCAGGUAGAGUUGGUUCUCUUCUGGGUUGUGAUCAUCCUGUAUCCUGUGACCGUUCUCAGCAACUCAACCAUCAUCUUGCUCUCACGCAUGGACCCUCGUCUCUACACCCCCAUGUACUUCUUUCUUAGCAAUCUUUCCUUCUUGGAUCUCUGCUUGGCCACAGCCUGUGUUCCCCAGAUGCUGUCAAACCUAUGGGGGCCAGACAAGAGCAUCACCUAUGCAGGCUGUGUCAUGCAGCUCUGUGUGUUCCUCUGUGUUGGUGCCACAGAAGGCAUCCUUCUGGUGGUCAUGGCCUUUGACCGCUACAUUGCUGUGUGUCAGCCUCUGCGUUACACCACCAUCAUGCACUGUCCACUCUGUUGGAAGCUGCUUUUCAUGGCCUGGCUGUCUGGCCUGACAGAGUCUUUAGUCCAAUCUCCUAUCACCUUCCAGCUGCCCUUCUGCACUCACCACCACCUGGAUGACUUUCUGUGUCAGGUUCCUGCUCUCAUACGCCUGGCCUGUGGUGACACUUCCAUCAACGAGUGGCAGAUGACUAUCUCUGUUGUCAUCUUCACCAUGGUGCCUGUGGGGUUGAUCCUGACUACUUAUGGCCGUAUAGCUCAAGCAGUGGGGAAAAUGAAGUCAGAGGCGGGGAGGCAGAAAGUCAUUGCUACCUGCUCUUCCCACCUCCUUGUGGUCUUCAUGUUUUAUGGGACAGUGGCAAUGGUGUACACAGACCCUAAGACCAACUUCUCUUCCAAAUAUGGCAAGUUCUUCACCUUCUUCUACACUGUGGUCACACCCAUGCUGAACCCUCUCAUCUAUACCCUGAGGAACAAAGAGGUGAAGGAUGCUCUUCAAAGGAUGCUGAGAAAGGGGAUCUGCAUAAGUAGAUCGUGA